UCCUGCUGCUAGAUGUUCACAUGGCAGUUCCAAAAAUACAGUUUCCUUUUGGUUCAAGCUUUUGCUGCCAAGGAGAUAUGAGUAGAAUGAAGCUGCUUUUGUGAAGAGAGCAUAAGAGCCUCCUUUACAGCUUACUGGAUGGCACAUGGAUUAAAUGAAAGCCAGCAGGACUCCUGACUACAGUUCUGCUCAGUGCUGAGAAAAUGUAGGAGCCUUGUGUGAUAGUGCUUCAGCACAUCGUUUGCUUCGGGAAAUAAUCUGUUUGAAAAAAAUGAAAACAAGCUUUUUGGAGUGCAGUUGCACUGGAGGUCUUUCCAUGGAUUUCUGAUAAACAAAGGUGCUUCAGCAUGGAAAGCAGUGAAAGCAGAUGUAUGUGAUCAUUUUCCAUAAUUCACUCAUUGCCUUUUGAGUGUUGCCUGCCCGGAGACUCUAACGUGCCAUUUGCAGUUCCAUAAUCAAGUUGUCAAAAAGCAGCAGGCCCUUCUAGACAAGCUGAUCCUGCAGGUGAUACCCAAACAAGCAAAAAGAAUGGAUGUGUUUAAGAAAGGUUUCUCCAUUGCUAAAGAAGGUGUGGUGGCUGCUGCAGAAAAGACCAAGCAGGGAGUGACAGAGGCUGCAGAGAAGACCAAAGAGGGUGUGAUGUAUGUAGGUGCCAAAACCAAGGAGGGCGUAGUGCAUAGUGUGACUUCAGUUGCUGAGAAGACCAAAGAGCAGGCCAAUGUUGUGGGAGAAGCUGUAGUAGCCAGCGUGAACACAGUGGCAAACAAGACCGUAGAAGGAGCAGAGACCAUUGUGGCCACUACAGGAGUUAUAAAAAAGGAGGAUCUGGCUCAGCCACAGCAGCCUGAGCAGCCGGGGGUGGCAGGAGAAGCAGUGCAAGGCACAGAAGGCAGCGGAGAGGGUGGAAUUGAAGGCAAUUAGUCAACCUGGGGACUUCUAGCUCAAGAGAGAGAAUUCCAGGAGCAUAUAUGGAAAUACUAGCUUGACACCACAACAGGAGAACCCUGAUACCCAUAGACUAACUGCAUUCAGCACUGUAGUCUUUCACUUGCCUCAUAAACCAAUCACACAAUAAAUGUAAGUCAGACUCCUGCAA